UCCGUCUUCGUAACCAUUCCGUGAUCGGGCUCUCACCCAACUACUUGGGCGUUGUGAGGGGAGGAGUAGAGGAGAACAGGGACUGCCCUCUAUGCCUUGUCCACUCUUUUGAGGCUUGCUGUCCGUUCCGCAGGACUGAAAACGACAGGAAAUUCAUUCAGGCCUGCUUCAUGAGUUCGUCUCCCUUGGACCAUGGCAUUACGGUCGCCGUGGGGCACGAGAACGACGACAACGACGGUACAUUCUGGAUGUGCUGGGAAGACUUCCGUGAGGUAUGGAUGGAGAUCACAAUCUGCUCGCGCAGCACCGACGCUUCGGACCUCGCCCUCGACGUUCACGAAGACCUGGGGUGCCCCGGCCCAUGCGUCGGUUGCCUAGGCGGAUGCUUCGGGUACUGGUGCCUUUGCCGGGGGUGCAAGCACGUCAUCUGCCCCACGAAGAGCAAGGAGACCACCCGCGAGGGGAGGAAGUGCACCGGCCUCAUCUGCUGCGUCUGAUUGGCUCGGGAGAGGGGGUCUGAUUGGCGUGGGAAAUGGCGUCCGAUUGGCCGGGGAAAGAGAGCGUCGGUACUGCUUCUGAUUGGCCCAGGAGAGGGCGCCAUCGCUUCUUGUAUUUAGCGCAGGAGAGAGCGUCAUCGCUGCCUCUGAUUGGCCCUGGAGAGAUCGUCUGAUCGGCCCUGGAGAGAUCGUCUGAUCGGCCCGGAGAGGGCGUCAUCACUGCAUCUGAUUGGCCCAGGCGAGGGCGUCGUCGCUGCUUCUGAUUUGCCCGGGUGGAACAUGUCAUCUAGGAUUUUAUAUGCGUGUCCCCGAUUGUUGUUAGGCACUACUAGGGAUGUCUGGCUGGCUUCCACUCCCAACAACGGUGUGCCGCAAAGUUUAGUUUCGUCCCAGGCGUCCAGAGAAAUUGGAGGUGGGGAUGGGAUAUAGAUAGGACGACCGUUCGUUUCGGAGAUUGAUUGUGUUGAGGCACUAAGUUGCACUUGCCAGUUUGCGCCGCCGCUCGCCGUUCGAGACUAUGCAUGCAAAUAAACUGGUUUGUGUUUUGCAUGGUGGCAGGGACCUGGCCGGGCCGAAUGACAUGAUACCGUGUAAGAAAUGAAUAGGUGGCACAUAUGCGUGUUAAUGGUGCCUGUAGAGCCGUUGCAUUGUCGUGUUUGUGGCGGAGUGCCGGUAUGUAGCGUUUUUCCGCCCCUUGAUCGUUAUCGUGUGGUUGUAUAGUUGGUAGCAUCUCGUCGGUCUCGUUAGCUGUAUGUUUUUUUCUAAGUUCUCUGUUUCUAAUCAUGCUUGCGGCGUUUCUUUUUUUUUUUGCUUCAUCCGAGAUGGGAGGCAACGAGAGCAGAUCUUCAUUUGUUGCUGCUGCUCUUUGGAUGUGGUUUUGUCCCUCCGCUUUAGCCAGGGAUGCGGGUCAGCCGGACUGCGUUCUUGCUGGAGCGGCUUGCUUUGCUGUGCUCUAUUCUGAUUGCUGGUCGUGGCAAUUCGGACACCAACACGCAAAGCACACAUUCGCCAUAAUAGUGGCAAACGUAUGUAAUGUAGUCAAUGUUUUUUGCGUCGGGUUGGUGGAUAUUUUGGGGCAGGCGAUGUAGGUACACGGAUCAGGUCUCCCCACGGCGUUUCGGCGUCUGGCGAAGCUUUCGAGGAUUUAUGAAACGGAUGGAUCACGAUGUGUCAGCGCGAGGCAUCCGAACGUACUUCUCCCCUCGUAGCUGAUCUGCUGGGUGCUUCUUCGACGGGAUGCUGCCUACUCUUUUUUCGAGUUGGUUGUUGAACCCUUGUUCCAGUUGUUGUGUUCCGUGCGGUGCUGUGCACGGGAGGGCGUGGACACAGGGUCUUGCGCUCCCCGUCACUCCGGCGUUGAUCCUUACUCUCUCGGACGCGAAGACAAAGGGAGACCGAAGGUUCCGUGUAUUGAGAGGGGGGAGCAUCGAACUUAUUCGAUUCGUCAACCCGAUAGGUUUUUAUCCACUCAGUACGACUACUCGCCGGGCCCUUCGGUCGAGGGUUUGUGAGCCGAUUUGAAGCCUACAUAUAAAAAGUAAGCAUGAAAACCAUUUUUUCGCCCUUGACUAACAGGCCAUCCAUGCGGUUCAUUCCUUUUUACCAUCGUCACAUGCUUUGUA